ACAGCCUUAACCAGGAAGUAAGAAAAACAACAAUCGGCGAGAAGAGUGACACGAUAACCUGUAGUUAGCCUGAAACGUUUUAAAAGGACCUUAUUUCCAUAUAGUUUAGAGUUUUAGAUCCCAGAAUGUCCGUGUUUGGGAAGCUGUUCGGCGGUGGGGGCAAAGGAGGGAAAGGGCCGAGUCCACAAGAGGCGAUUCAGAAACUCCGAGACACAGAGGAGAUGUUAGCGAAGAAACAGGACUUUCUAGAGAAAAAGAUUGACCAGGAACUCAUAACUGCAAAGAAAAACGGCACUAAAAACAAACGAGCGGCCCUGCAGGCCUUGAAAAGGAAGAAGCGGUAUGAGAAGCAGCUUACCCAGAUUGAUGGCACAUUGUCCACCAUCGAGUUCCAGAGGGAGGCGCUGGAAAAUGCCAACACCAACACUGAAGUGCUCAAGAACAUGGGCUUUGCCGCCAAGGCAAUGAAGGCUGCCCAUGAAAACAUGGACAUAGACAAAGUAGAUGAUUUGAUGCAAGACAUUACUGAGCAGCAGGAGCUGGCGCAAGAGAUCUCAGAUGCCAUCUCAAAACCUGUAGGCUUUGGAGAGGAGUUUGAUGAGGAUGAACUCCUGGCAGAGUUGGAUGAGCUGGAACAAGAGGAAUUGGACAAAAACUUGCUGGAGAUCGGCGGGACAGAAGAUGUCAGUCUACCCAAUGUGCCUUCUACUUCAUUACCCACCAGACCUGCCAAGAAGAAGGAUGAAGACGAGGAUGACAUGGAGGACUUACAGCGCUGGGCGAUGGAGGCCAUGUAGUUCCAUUACUGACACCACCUGCUGUAGAGGGAAAGAAAGGACUUAUGAAAUACUGAAUAUGGUUGUUUUGUGUACAAGGAGAACCAACCACCUUCUAAAACUAGCACUACAAAGGCCAAUGCUGUAGGUUCUGUUUCCCGCCCAAAACCAGAGAAAGGGUACCAUGGCCUUGCAUAAAAAGUGGAAGUAUAGAACCUGUAUAAAAGCUAUAAACAGGAUGUUUGAAUCAGAAUACAUUUGUUUUUACAAAAAAGUUUUACAUCAACCCCCACUCUUGCAUUUGGGCAGUUAUUGUAAUAUCACUGAACUGUUCUAUUGCCUUUGUCUGUGGGAUGCUAUGAACAGCACUCAAAGACAAAUUUACUUUUUAAUACAUGGGAGUUGCAAUGUCUAUUUUUCAGACUUAAACAUAUUUACUGUUUGGUGGGCGUGGGCUGGAUGUUUUUAUUAGUACUUACUUUUUGUUUGUAAUUUCUACCAAAAUAGGAUGAAAAAUGAGCAUGCUCUCAUGGUAACGUUUAGAAUGGUCUAUUUUCAGGAUUGUUAUUCUGAAACUUUUGUUUUACAACAUUUUGACUAUUCCAUCUCCAAAGCAUCCUCACCAUGUGACACUUGUGAUUUGAAGUAAAUAUCUAAAUCAUUUAUAUUUUUGCUGUCACACAAGGUUUUCUUCAUGUUGUGCUAAGCAUGCAAUGAGGGAAAAUCUUAAUACACCGCACGGCUUUUGAGAAAGACUAACCCCACCCUGUUCUGUUGUCUUUUCUGAAAAAGUUUAUUUUUAAUUGUAUGUUGAAAAAAAUGUCUACUUAUUAACUGCAGCAAAAAAUAUGAUGGUUUGUAAUGAAUAGACUAGUAGAUACAGUAUCAACAUUUUGGAUUUGAGGAUUAGUUGUAUUUUUUUUAAACAAUGUAUUUUUAAAAUAAAUACUACAUAGCAAAAAAAUAUGUAACAAGGAUAAGCAUGUUUGCAUUUCUAUGGUUUAUUUAUCCAGAUGAGAAUAUUAUUUGGCAAAUAAUUAAAGUUUUUGAUUAUUUUAUUGUGGUUGUUUUUCUUGCUUAGGGAUCAGUGUACAAAACAAUAAGAGAAUCUGUGAAUUCAAAGCUCAAUAAAGUAUAAAAGCUUUAUUUUAUUACUUUGAAAUCA